AUGCAAAUACUUUCUCUAAAUUUUUUAAUACAUAGUCUUUGUGGUAUAUGGCGACCUAAUAAGUGGUCAUCAAACGGCGCAAAACUGAUGUAUAACGUAUUUACCUUUAUUGUAAUAUUCUCGGAAUACUUUUUGGUGUUAACUCAAUUUAUGGAUAUAGUACUUAUUGUCGAUAAUAUCGACGAUUUUGCCACUAAUACUCUAAUGUUCCUAACUAUUGUUGCUGUAUGUUGUAAAGCGACUGUUGUUGUGGUACGUCGAAAUGCAAUCACGAACUUGAUGCAAGUAUUGAUGAAAACACCGUGUAAACCUUGUGACGAGGACGAAGUGGCAAUACAAUCAAAAUAUGAUAUGUUUAUCAGAUCGUGUUCAAUAAAAUAUUCACUUUUAGCAACAAGCUCCGUUACAGGCACUACAAUAGGAUCAGUAUUAAACAUUAUGCAAGGUCAUCUGCCCUAUCGAAUAUGGCUGCCAUAUAAUUACAAUGUAUCUACGAUGUUUUGGGCUAUAUCUGUUCAUCAAAUUAUAACUGUAAUUUUUUCCGCCAUGAUAAAUAUUGGCACAGAUACAUUAAUCUUUGGAUUGAUUUUACAUACGUGUGCCCAGCUUAAAAUUUUCGAAAGUCGUCUUCAAAAAUUAAUGAUUAAUAGAACAAUUAGGUUUCUGGAAAGUACAUUCUCUUCGUCUAAUAAAAACAAAACAGGGAUAUCAGAGUGCAUACGCCAUCAUCUCAGCAUUUACAAAUACGCCAAAACGGUAAACGUCAUAUUUAACCAGGUGCUUUUCGUUCAAUUCUUUGCAAGCAUACUGGUAUUAUGUACAAGCGUGUAUUAUCUGUCAAUACAUAUUACAGAAUUGUCUGGUACUGCAACUUUUUUAGUGUAUACCAUUGGCAUGUUUAUACAAAUCUAUAUUUAUUGCUGGUGUGGAAACGAAGUCAUUCUUAAGAGUAUAAGCAUAGGAGACGCUAUAUAUUGUAUGGACUGGCCAUUAUUAUCAGUUAACGAAAAAAAAGAAUUACUCAUAGUUAUGAUACGAAGUACAAUUCCUAUAAAAUUCACUAGCAGCUUCUUGAUAACUCUAUCUCUUCAGUCUUACAGCAAUAUUUUAAAAACGUCAUACUCGGCAUUUAACGUACUUCAAAAAUAAAUGCAAAUGUUUUCUUUAAAUUUUUGUAUGUAUACAAUUUGUGGUAUAUGGCGACCGAUCGAAUGGUCAUCAAAUGGUGCCAAUUUUCUGUACAAUGUAUUUACUUAUAUUAUAUUAUUCUUGGAAUACUUUUUUAUGUUAACUCAAUUCCUGGAUUUUCUAUUUGUUAUUGAUAAUAUCGAUGAUUUCAUUGCUAAUUCUAUAAUAUUCGUGAGUGUUGCUGCUAUGAUAUGUAAAGCGACUGUCGUCGUAAUACGUCGCAAUGCGAUUAUUAGCUUGAUACAAAUAUUGUUGAAGGGUCCAUGUAAACCUCAAGAUGAGGACGAAAUAGCAAUACAAACAAAAUUUGAAAAUUUCGUCAGAUUGUGUUCAAAGAAGUAUUUGCUUCUGGCGUUAAUCUCACUUACAGGCGUCAUAAUAGGAUCAGUAUUAAAUAUUAUGCAGGGGCAACUACCUUGUCGAAUAUGGUUGCCAUUUGAUUACAAUGUAUCUUUAGUGUUCUGGAUUAUAUCUAUUCAACAAGUUAUAGCUAUAAUUGCUGGGACUAUCAUAAAUGUCGCUACGGAAACCCUAGUCUUUGGAUUAAUUUUAGAAACGUGUGCCCAACUCGAAAUUUUCGAAAAUCGCCUUCACAAAUUAAUAAAUAAUAAAACAGUUAAAUAUCUGGAAAAUGCCUUUUGCUCGUUGAAUGAAGACAAAACAGGAAUAUCGAAAUGCAUACGACAUCAUCUCAGUAUUUACAAAUAUGCCAAAACGGUAAACGUUAUAUUUAAUCAGGUACUGUUCGUUCAAUUUUUCGGUAGUAUAUUGAUAUUAUGUACAUGUAUAUAUUACCUAUCAACGCAUAUUACGGAACUGUCUGGAAUUGGAACUUUAUUAGUAUAUAUCAUUUGCAUGUUUGUACAAAUUUACAUUUACUGCUGGUCCGGAAAUGAAGUUAUGCUUAAGAGUAUAAGCAUAGGAGAGGCUAUAUAUUGUAUGAAUUGGCCACUAUUAUCAAUUACCGAAAAAAAAGAAUUGCUAAUGAUUAUGAUACGUAGCACAAUUCCUAUUAAAUUCACUAGCAGCUUCAUGAUAACUUUAUCUCUUCAAUCUUACAGCAACGUAAUUCUUAUUGUCGAUAAUAUCGAUGAUUUUGCCACUAAUACUCUAAUGUUCCUAACUAUUGUUGCUGUAUGCUGUAAAGCGACUGUCGUUGUGGUACGUCGAAACGCGAUUAUCAACUUAAUGCAAAUAUUAUUGAAAGCACCAUAUAAACCUCGAGAUGAGGAUGAAGUAGCUAUACAAACAAAAUUUGAUAAAUUCAUUAGAUCAUGCUCGAUAAAAUAUUCACUUUUAGCAACAAGUUCCGUUACAGGCACUACAAUAGGAUCAGUAUUAAACGUUAUGCAAGGUCAUCUGCCUUAUCGAAUAUGGCUGCCAUGUAAUUACAAUGUAACUACGUUUUGGGCUAUAUCUGUUCAUCAAAUUAUAACUGUAAUUUUUGCCACGAUGAUAAAUGUUGGCACGGAAACCUUAGUCUUCGGAUUGAUUUUACAAACGUGUGCUCAGCUUGAAAUUUUUAAAAGUCGUCUUCACAAGUUCAUAAUUAAAAAGACAGUUACAUAUCUCGGACAUGCACGUUCUUUGUCGAAUGAAGACAAAACAUGCAUAUCGGAAUGUAUACGUGAUCAUCUCAGCAUUUACAAAUACGCCAAAACGGUAAACAUCAUAUUCAACCAAGUACUUUUCGUUCAGUUCUUUAGUAGUAUACUGGUAUUAUGUACCAGUGUGUAUUAUUUGUCAAUGCAUGUUAAGGACCUGUCUGCAGCUGCACCUUUAUUGGUAUAUACCAUCUGCAUGUUUGUACAAAUCUUCGUUUACUGCUGGUCCGGAAACGAAGUCAUGCUUAAAAGUAUGAGUAUAACGGAUGCUAUAUAUCGUAUGGAUUGGCCAUUACUAUCGAUUAACGAAAAAAAAGGACUGUUGAUGAUCAUGAUACGUAGCACAAUUCCUGUAAAGUUCACUAGCAGCUUCUUGAUAACUCUAUCUCUUCAGUCUUAUAGUAACGUUAGUAUCGUUUGGUGUCAAAAUAAAUAUUUGACAUAG